UUAUAUCCAAAAAAAUGGAAUCUCUCUAUCGCUCCUUACUGGUGCCCACUCGCAUAAUGCUGAAGGCCUCCAACAUUGUGAUGCAGUUGACCUUGUAUGGUGCUGGUUGUAUUGCUGCUCUUUUCUACUUUGUGUGGGUGUUCAGGCUGAUACUUACUAAAGGCCCAAAACGGGUGUUCCAGAAGAUUCAGAGGCUCCCACCAAAAAUCCUCACUGAUUCCUGUUAUGGUGAACACAAGUAUCUGACCCUCAAGUCAGGAAUACGGCUCCACUACGUUGUAGCUGGCGAAGAAGGGGCUUGCCUGAUGCUUUUUUUGCAUGGAUUUCCCCAGAGCUGGUUUUCGUGGCGCCAUCAGCUGAAGGAGUUCAGUCAAGCCUUUAAGGUGGUGGCACUUGAUAUGAAAGGCUAUGGCCUUUCUGAUGCACCACUGGCUUGGGAGUGCUAUCAAAGGGAUGUUAUUCUAGAAGACAUACAAGGUGUUAUCCAAGCCCUGGGCUCCAAUGGAAAAGAUGGGGAUCCCAAGUGCAUCCUGGUAGGUCAUAAUUGGGGAGCAGCAAUUGCGUGUGAAUUUGCUGCCAAUUACCCUAACAUGGUGGAGAAGCUGAUUUUUAUGAAUGGCAUUCCAGCACAUGUUCUCUUUGAGUAUCUCCUCAAAAAUCUCACCCAAAUUAUUAAAUCCAUGUACGUAUUCCUGUUCCAACUACCAAAGAUACCGGAGUGGCUAUGCUCCUUGGAUGACUUCCAUAUAAUAAAAGUGGCCACAACAAGUGAGAAGACAAGAAUCCAGGACGCUAAUUCACAGCAGAGGAAUUGCAACCCCACUUUGUAUUAUUUCUCAAGGCCUAAUGCCUUAACUCCACCCAUUAACUACUACAGGAAUAUUCUCAGCUGGAUACCACCAAAGCGCAGAGAUAUUUUGGUGCCCACUCUGCUGCUUUGGGGACAGAAGGAUGCAUACUUGGAAGACGGGCUGGUGAAUCAGGUACUGCCCUAUCUCCAAGGCAGCUACCAUGUACAUUUCUUCCCAGACGGGAGCCACUGGAUACCUGAGGAACAGCCUGAAAAGGUCAAUCAAGUGAUAUGGGAUUUCCUUCAAGGGAAGAAAAGUGAGAAAGAGUAACUGUUGUGUAAAGUAAAGGCAUCCGUACUACUUGGCAUGAAGAAAUAGUAGCAACUUGGCCUGGCUCUGGAUUUCCGAUCCUUGUUUUUGUGUGCAUUAUAUUGGAAUCCAAGUCUCAGGUAGCAUUAAUGGGAAUUUCCCCAGGCUCCACUUCCUUUUUGCACAGCCAUAAGGAUUAAAAUCGAAUAGAAAAUCAAGUCUCAGCUAUAUUUGUUGAUGUGCCUUGCUGCGGUCAAGUCCUGGGCUGUUCCUUACUGCAUAAGAUCGAAAGACAAAAAGUUGUUGGCUUGAAUCAUAUUGAAAUCAAAGUUCUCAUGACGAAGUCAGCCUCUUGUUGAACUAUGAACCUGGGAUGUGCUAUCAAUGCCUCAUGAAGAAUUUGCUUCCUGACCCAUGAAGGACUUGGAGGAAUGACUGUGCUGGCAGAUAUCCUUCAAUUACCUGGGAGAUGAUUUGCAAAAAUAUUGGAUACUUCAUUACUCUAAAGAGAGAAAGAA